CUUUCACUUCACACAAUUCAAACUCAAAAGCCCUCCAAUUUCUUCCUAAUUUACGAAAUCUCCCCUUCAAUGGCACCAAAGGCAGAGAAGAAACCCGCAGAGAAGAAGCCAGCAGCUGAGAAGGCUCCUGCUGCUGCCGCUGAGAAAUCAAAGGCCGGCAAGAAGCUACCCAAGGACGGCGGAGCCGCUGCUGCCGGAGACAAGAAGAAGAAGAGGUCGAAGAAAUCGAUCGAGACUUACAAGAUCUACAUCUUCAAGGUGCUGAAGCAGGUUCAUCCAGAUAUAGGAAUUUCAAGCAAGGCUAUGGGAAUCAUGAACAGCUUCAUCAACGAUAUCUUCGAGAAGCUUGCUCAGGAGUCUUCAAGGCUUGCUAGGUACAACAAAAAGCCUACCAUCACUUCUCGGGAGAUUCAAACCGCCGUCCGAUUGGUCCUUCCCGGUGAAUUGGCUAAGCACGCCGUCUCUGAGGGUACUAAGGCAGUUACCAAAUUCACUAGCUCUUAGAAAUGUGUUAGUUUUGUAUUGAUUUUUCUGUUGGGUUU